ACUUGGCCAACCUCAUCGUUUUAUCAGUUCAUGGAAAUCAACUUAAUGGUACCAUCCCUCGAGAUAUUGGAAAUAUGAGGUCUUUAGAUACCUUAUAUAUAGACCUGAACAAACUCACUGGUUCAAUCCCUGCUUCGAUGGGUAAUUUGAGCAAUUUAACUCAGUUAACUAUUGCUCAAAAUCAAUUAACCGGAUCCAUCCGUGCAUCGGUGGGUAAUUUGAGAAAUUUGAAUAUUUUAGAUCUUUUUGAAAAUGAAUUUGAUGGUUCAUUACCAAUUGGAAUCAGCAAUCUAACACAGUUGAAAGAACUGUCUUUGGGUAGUAACAAGUUUUCUGGUUAUUUACCUCAAAAUGUAUGUCAAAGUGGAAUACUUGAAACAUUUAAGGUAUCUAGAAACUAUUUCACGGGUCCAAUACCAAGAAGCCAUAGAAAUUGUACCAGUCUUAGAAGCCUGUUUCUUGGAAAUAAUGAUCUUGUAGAUAAUCUUACAGAGGCAUUUCACGUGUAUCCAUAUCUAAAUAGGUUUACAGUGCAAAAUAAUAUGAUGUAUGGUGAACUCUCAAGAGACUGGGGAGAUUGUCGAAGUUUGACAGCCCUAUCUUUCUCAAGGAACAAUAUCACAGGUAGAAUACCAACUGAAAUGGGAAAGUUGAAGCUUUUAAAUGCACUUUAUCUUGAUUCAAAUAAUUUGGUAGGAGAAAUUCCCAUUGAGUUGUUGAAACUGUCCUCAUUGAUCGAGUUACGCUUGAGUAAUAAUCAGCUUUCUGGUAGAUUGUCUUAUAGAGUUGGAAUGUUAUCCAACUUGCAAUAUCUCGAUUUAUCAACCAAUAAACUCACAGGAUCAAUACCCAAACAACUAGGAGAGUGUUCAAAGUUACUAUCAUUAAAUUUGAGCAGAAAUAAUUUUAACAAAAGCAUCCCACCCCAGAUCGGAAACUUGGAUUCUUUGCAGAUCUUGUUGGAUCUUAGUUACAAUGAGCUGAGUGGAGAAAUACCUUCAACUUUUGGAAGACUAGACAAACUGCAAACACUAAAUUUGUCACACAACAAGCUUUCCGGAUCAUUUCCAUCAUUAUUUGAUCAAAUGAUUAGCUUGAUCACUAUCAACAUUUCUGACAAUGAAUUGAGUGGUCCAUUCGAUGCUUUGAAGAACAACAAAGGGUUGUGUGGUAAUAUCUCAAGAGGCUUAAAACCAUGUAAUUCUUUGGUUGUGAUCGCAAGAAAAGAAGACAAGCAUAAACUUUUGCUUGUAAUCCUACUUCCUUUGAUUGGAUCGUUGUUUAUUUUAUUUGUACUUUUUGCCAUCUGGUUUCGUCUCCGAAAAAGAUCAGUUUUAAAUGCGGCGCCUACAGAUCAAGUUAGAGCCAUUAAUGCCGGAAGAAAUUUAUUUUCAGUUUGGAAUUACGAUGGGAAAAUAGUGUUUGAAGACAUAAUUGAGGCGACAAAGGAUUUUGAUACUAAAUAUUGCAUUGGAACGGGAGGAUAUGGAAGUGUUUAUAAAGCAGAGUUGUCGGCAGGCCAGGUUGUUGCUGUGAAGAAACUUCACUCGUCGGGGGACGACUUUGAAAUGGCAGAUCUCAAGUCUUUUGAAAGUGAAGUUCAUGCGUUAACUGAAAUUCGACACCGGAACAUUGUGAAACUUUUUGGUUUCUGUUCUAAUUUAGAACGACGAGUCUCAUUUUUGGUUUAUGAGUUCGUAGAAAGAGGAAGUUUAAAAAAUGUUCUAUGUGAUGGAGAACGAGCAAUGGACUUCGAUUGGAUAAAGAGGGUGACAUUCAUCAAGGGAACAGCUGAUGCACUUGCUUAUAUGCACUAUGAUUGUAUUCCCGCAAUAGUUCAUAGGGACAUUUCUAGCAACAAUAUUUUGUUGGACUUUGAAUAUGAUGCUAAAGUUUCUGAUUUUGGUACGGCAAGGAUUUUGAUGCCAGAUUCAUCCCAUUGGACAUCACCUGCGGGAACCUACGGAUAUGUUGCUCCAGAGCUUGCCUAUACAAUGAAGGUGACCGAGAAGUGUGAUGUUUACAGGUUUUGGGUGAUCAUAUUAGAAAUACUAAUGGGAAGGCAUCCAUCUGAAAUUAUCACAUUACUCUCACAAAUUCAUCUUUCAUCUUCGUCUUCGAGUAAGGUGGGGCAAAACAUAAGGUUAGGAGACAUCUUGGACCAAUGCAUUAAAGCACCGACCGAUGUUGUUCAAAAGGAAAUAAUUCACAUUCAGAAGGUUGGAAUUUCAUGUUUACGGGGUGAUCCAUGUACUCGGCCAACUAUGCAAGAAGUAUCAGUUGAGCUAUCACUAUCAGCUGGCAGCAUGGCAGAUUUGGCAAAGCCUUUUGAAACCAUUUCUCUAGGAGACAUACUGGUGUCGUAAUAAUUUAUUUAAGAUUUUUGUUAAAGGGAGAGCAAAAAUGGAUCCGAGGAGAGCGAAAAUCGUAGUCGACUCGCUAAUUAUGACCUAGUCAAUAUAUUUCACUAACUCGGACCAGGCUAUCCCUAAUUCAAUU